ACACACACGCGCGCGCGCGCGCACACAAAUGACUGUGAAUGAGUGACGUAGCCCAGGAAACACCUCUCUCUGCUAUGCAGGCGGUCUGACUGCAUAUGUAGCGACAGAGCAACGCAGACAGCUCUCUUAAAACACUCAACUCAUACACACAUCUGACUGCUACACGUCCAGCUUUCAUCAACAGACUGAAUGCGACAGCAGACAUCAUUGAAAAAGUCUUUCUUCAGUCCUGUCGCUCCGCGCGAGAAGAAACUCACAAGUGCGUUGAACAUAACCAACCUCUUCCGUCUCCCGCAGCUCUGGACUUUUAACACGGAUAAAUGAUGACUUGCCGCAUGCAGAUCGCACCAAAAACACAAGCGACUUCCUUAACCAUGUUUGCACUAUUCGCAUAUUUGUCCUGAUAGGAAUGUCCGUGCUUUAAUCACCUCGUAUGUUCCUGGAUUUUUCAGCAGGGAACAGAAAGUGGGCGUUUUUCUGUACUGAAGCGUUGGAGGAUUCACUGCAAGAACUUGUGUGAGGUAGCAUGCAGUAAGUUCCUAAAGGUGUCAGUAUUUAAAAAAGGUGAUUCAUUUCAUAUUUACAUUAAUUUGAAUAAUUAGCUCAAUUACUGCAAAAGAAGCUAAAGAUCAUGGGAGCGACCCACUGUUGAUGAAGACGGUGAUGAUGAAGAUGCGCCUCGAUUAAGAAGUAGAUUGGAUACUACGGUUAUUAAGCUACAUACAUGUAGAUAUGGCACAGGAGAGCGUGUACGACAACCGCAAUAUAGUGGUGAAGUAUAUCCACCAUAAGCUAUGGAAGAAGGGUUACGUAUGGGAAGUGAAUGGACGCGAUGAUGGUGUUUCUAACGGACUGAUGAUGGGGAGACAGGAGGACGGCGUCGUUUCUCCCAGCCACCGCAACGACCCGUACACGGCUCUUCAUAAGGUGUUACGAGAGGCCGGGGAUGAACUGGAGCGGUUGUAUCAGUCGGACUUUGCCGAGAUGUCCAAGCAGCUGCAUCUCACGACUAUCACGGCGCACCAGCGCUUCACUGCAGUCAUAGACGAGUUGUUCAGGGACGGGGUGAACUGGGGCAGAAUCAUCGCUUUUUUUGAAUUUGGAGGGACAGUUUGUGUUGAAUGCGUGAAUAAGGAGAUGACGGCGCAGGUUGAUAACAUCGCGGGCUGGAUGACAGAGUACCUGAACGGACCGCUGCACGGCUGGAUCCAGGAGAACGGCGGAUGGGAGGCAUUCGUAGAGCUGUAUGGUCGACAAAGAGAUUCUGUGUUUCGCAGUUCCUGGUCAUCAAUAGUGACGGUCUUCAGUCUGGCCGCUCUUGGGGCCGUUGGCUUGACCAUAGGAGCCUAUCUUGCUCAAAAAUGAGGAUUAUUAUUUCCCUCCAUACAUUCCUUCUCCUAUCUGUCUAAACCCCCUCCUCCUUCCCAGAAGACAUCCAUGUCCCAGGACUGCACCUCUUCAAAGCUUCUUUCCCACAAAGUCUUUCUUUUAUCCUCUUUCGAACACAAAAGACAGAAAAGCAGAAGAUGAACACGUUGCCGUGAAAGCAAGGGCAUGGAGAAAGAGAAAUAAGGUUAAAGAGAAUAACUGGCAAAAUGAGUUCAGAUCUCAAACUGAUUGUCUGACACGCUGCAUGUUUAUUAACAAAUGUAAAGUGUAGAUCAGAGAUUAGUGUACAGUACUUGUAUAAUUUUGGAGGAUUGAAAGACAAAACAGAAUGAAGAAAUGUCUUGGAAACGGUGGACAUGGGGAAGGUUUUAAAGAAGGUCCUGGAUGGAAAUUGAUUAGAAGAUGAAUCCUUCGAUGACUUCAAACAUGCCUUUUUGCUCAAAUCAUCAACCAACCUGUAAAUGGCUUUGAAGAAGAAAGUAUUUUAAAAUCGCUAAAAGCUUUAAGAUAUUGUGACAAGGAAGACAUUCAGAGAAGAUGAAAUAAACAGCAUGUGUUGUAUUAAGCUUCGCCUUCAGAAUGAAAAAGCGGUUAAACUCCAGAGGUGGAGAUGGGAAACUCUGGGUUUGUAUCAUUGGAUAAAGUAUAAGGCAAGGCUUAUAAACCAAUAAUAUAAAAACCGUAAUGUCAUUGACAAUCAGUAACCUUUGAUGGGGACCACCAAAAUUAAUGUGAGGUGAAUCCUAACUCGUAAAACUUCUAUUAAAUGUUGUUUUGUAUAGUA